CGCGGAACCAAAUAUUCAGUGUACCAAACAAUUUGGCGGUUAUGUUUUGUCAAAAUUCGAAUGGUUUGGCGCUGAAACCCCAAUCUCCAUUUCAAUCUUACCGCUCUCCACUUUCAUCAUUCCACACAAAUAAGAUCCCAAUCCUCUCUUCUCACACAACCAGUAAGUAUCCCCUAAUCUCCCAUUUCUCAGUCCCACACAUAAUAAUAGUAAUAAUUCAUGGAAAGCAGCAGCGAUGACGAUUAUCAGUCCUUUUACUUGCCGGAGGAGGUCCCCCGUCCCAGGUUCAAACGCUUAAAGAAAGCCUCCAAAAAUCCCCCACUAGACGACGACGACGUGUUUGACUUUCCUAAGGUUGAUUUUGCCAAAUUGGAAGCCCUAGAUGACGAUGAUGAUGAAGAUUCUCCUGAUUCAACAGGACCUGUGGGCAGUGAGGAUGACAUAAAAUAUGGGUCUGAGGAAAAGGAAAAGUGCUGUGAUAGUAAGGAAGAAUUGAAGGCUUUAGAAGCCCUAGAAGAAGAUUCAACUGAACUCGUGUCACCACACAACACCGAAGAGGAGAUCAGAUUAGAGCCUUUUUCUGAUGGCGAGAGUAGGAAAAAAUUGGACUUUGAUGACGGGGGUGUUCUCGUUUCUGGUCAGCAGUGCAAAGAGGUUAAAAGAUCUCUGGAAUUUGGUGACGACGACGAUAAUGAUCAGUCUCGUAGGGAAAUUGGGGAAGAUUUUGUAUCUGGUGACGUGGCAAAAGAGAUUCAUGACCAGAUUGGGGAAAUUGACAAAGAGAUUGGGGAUAAGGAUAUGGAGAAAUUGGGAAUACAACAAGAUUUUGAAGUAGAUGACAAAAAGAUAACGAAGAAGAAGAGAAGUAAACGUGACGUUAGUAGACAAGUGAAGCCUAAAGAACUGGCUAAAAUCAAAAGAAGAGAAGAAAAGGAAAGAAAAGCAUCUCUUAAGCAGCUUCAUGUUGAUACUCAACGAUUAUUGCGAGAAAGUAAGGAUGCAACAUUUAAGCCUAUACCAGUUGUACAUAAGCCAAUAUCCUCAGUUCUGGAGAAGAUUCGGAAACGGAAGCUUGAAAUCUCCAAAAACAGGACCACGAUGCCAAUCGGCAACAGUUCCAUUUGCAAGUUUAGCGCUUCAAGAGAGGUUAUGAUGGAAGUAGACGCAAAGGGCACAGAUUCUGAAGAGGAGAGAGUUGACAAACUGGAAAUAGAGUUGGAAGGGAAGGUGAAUGCACAUGGCAUAGAAACGAGCAGGACCACAGAUACCUCCAAUAAUGAUGGAAUUUCAGUACCUCCAAUUACGGGAAGCAGCGAAAUUGUUCCUGAUGAAUUGGCGUUGGAGGAAAGGUCCAAUGCUGUAUUUAGAGCUCCAGUUGAUGACACUCAGGAUCUAUUUGAUGAUUCUGAACCAACAGUCAGUAAGGAUGAGAGGCUUGAUGAUCCGGCCUCUAGUCCUUUGGAAGAAGUAAUGGCACCGUCUCUCCUUGCUUUGAACUUGAAGUUUGAUUCUGCCCCUCCAGAUGAAAGUUCCUCAGAUGAGGAGGAUAAUGACAAGGAGAACAUACGUCCACAUAAAAAAGAAGGUGGUGGUGGCUGCAAUUCUCCAAAGGGAGACCCUGUUAAAUCAUUUGUUGAUGAUGAAGCGGAGGAAGAAGAUGACAGUGAUAAUGACCUACUCCGGUUUGGUGAUAAUGAAGAAGACGAAGAUAUUGAUGAUUCUGCUGAAAUCCGUGAUAUUAUUGCCACUAACUACAAGGAAAAGCCAAUUGACAACGAAAAGCGGAAUGAACUUCAUCAAAAGUGGCUUGAGCAGCAGGAUGCAGCUGGAACUGAGAAUUUGCUGCAACGGUUAAAAUGUGGUGUAGAACAAAAAGAGACAAUGUUGGUUGAUGAUGAACUAGAAAAUGAAGAGUGUGAAGAAGAGGCCAAUGAUGUCACUGACAUGGAUGCAGUACCUAAGAGUUCUGCUCGAUUGAAUUCAAAAAAAGCAAAGCAAAUGAUGAUGCAGAUGUUUGUGGAUAAAGAUGAUGUUUUCUUAUCUGAUGAAGAUGACGAAACUGAAAAGAGGGUUGUCAAGCAGCGCAUUCUUUAUAACUCUGAGCUUACAACUGUAGCGUCACCUAUUGAGGAUGAAAGUUCCAGUGAGAUAUUUGGACUUAUAAAGAAGCUUAAUACUGUGCCGGAUAAUAAGAGAAAACCAAAAGCAUCCUCGUUCUUUGAUACAGUGCUAGGGGAUCAAAAGAAGAAAAGCUCUUUGAAGUCCUCUUUUCUUGGGCGAGUUACAAAUCAUCUUCCGUCAUCCCAUAAACAAAGUUCAACCAUAGUUCGUUCUUUCAUCUUUGGACGGGAUGACAGCAACAGCCGAAGCUCAAUGUCAAUUUCAGAGGAUUCUUCAGAUAUGAUCGUGAAAGAAAACCUUCCAAUCAAGAAUAGUACAACUAAGUUUGGAAACUUCCAAGGCAAAUCAAGCAGUCAAGGUAAAAAUGCUGCUCCAGGAACAUCAGCUGCUGCUCCCUUUUUAGAGAUAUUAAAGCGAUCGUCAGCACCAUCUAAUGUCUGUUCUCGAGAUAUUUUGCUCGACCUUCCUAAACCCCUCCUUGCUGAUCUUAGAGUUUCAAAGAGGUCAAAGGCAGAAGGAAAAAUAUAGGUCACUUGAUAGUAGAUUUUGUUUGUGUUUUUCCUUCGUCUUUCUCCCGAAAAAAUGGAAUAGUCUAUGGAAUCUGAAAAAAAAAUGGGGAGGAAAUGCAAGCACAAGACAAUCUUUUUAUUUUUUUUUAAUUUUUUUUUAUUGUGAAUAAUACCUAUUUGAGAUGUUCCUAUCUUGUUUUCCUUUAUUAGGGUUGCUUAUCUUA